AUGCGAAGCCAGUGCAGCUGCGUUGGUCGACUGUUUGGACAUGCUGAUAGAGAUUCUAAUGCGGCUUCCGGCAAAGCAGAUUUUCAGAACAAAGGCAGUGUCAAAAGAAUGCCUCACAUGGAUGACUCUGGGUUUACUUCUUAUUAUGUUUGUAAUCCUACUUCUGGGCAAACCAAAAGAAUUAGUGUUCUUGACCAUUCUGACAACAGGAGAGUAAUGUCCGUUGAUGUGGCUUUUGAUCCUUUGAAAUCAGUUUUCUACAAUCUGAUUCUUGUUACUGAAUUAUCUCGGUCAGAAUCCCAGCAACUGAUCAAGAUUGGGACCUACUCCUCCAAGACUCAGUCUUGGAGCUAUGGGCUACAUAAUUUGGCUUAUGAGGUAGGCUUUGGACAUGGGGUUCAUUGCAAUGAAUUCCCCAAAUGA